GGUGCCCGCUGUGGCGGCGGCGGCGGAAGGGGCGGGCGCGGCGGCGGCGGCGGAAGCGGGGCCGAGCCCUCAGGGCGGGUGCGUGUGUGUGUGUGUGUCUGUGUGUGUGUGUGUGAGGGUGUGAGCGUGAGCGUGUGCGGAGCGUGUCCGUGCGAGCGGCCGCCGCGCCCGUUCGCCCUCCUCCCCGUGCGAUCGCAGCGCGCCGCCCAGGAGAGCCAUGGAUAAAAGCGAGUUGGUACAGAAAGCCAAGCUGGCCGAGCAGGCCGAGCGUUACGAUGACAUGGCUGCUGCUAUGAAGGCUGUCACUGAGCAGGGACAUGAACUGUCCAACGAAGAAAGGAACCUCCUCUCCGUGGCCUACAAGAACGUGGUCGGGGCCCGUCGCUCGUCCUGGCGUGUGAUUUCCAGCAUCGAACAGAAAACAGAGAGGAACGAGAAGAAACAGCAGAUGGGAAGAGAAUAUCGUGAGAAAAUCGAGGCUGAAUUGCAGGAUAUCUGCAAUGAUGUUCUGGAACUCCUGGAUAAAUACCUUAUUGUCAACGCCACGCAGCCAGAAAGCAAGGUCUUCUAUUUGAAAAUGAAAGGUGAUUACUACAGAUACCUCUCAGAGGUGGCAUCUGGGGACAAUAAGCAAACAACGGUAGCAAACUCUCAGCAAGCUUACCAGGAGGCAUUUGAGAUCAGCAAGAAAGAGAUGCAGCCAACACACCCCAUCCGACUCGGUUUGGCUUUAAAUUUCUCUGUGUUCUACUAUGAGAUACUAAAUUCCCCUGAAAAGGCCUGUAAUCUGGCAAAGACGGCGUUUGAUGAAGCGAUAGCAGAGCUGGACACGCUGAAUGAAGAGUCUUACAAAGACAGCACUCUGAUCAUGCAGCUGCUUAGGGACAACCUCACUCUAUGGACGUCGGAAAACCAGGGAGACGAAGGGGACGCUGGGGAGGGAGAGAACUAAUGGCUGUCACGCUUCACUAUGUGUUCAAUGUCACCCCGUAUCCUACACAUAAUCCCUUUGUGCGACAAGCAAAAAGAAUAGUACAUCGACUGUCACAACCUCAACGUAGCAAAAACUGUCUGUGGGGUAAAACCGGUUGGUUGGUGUGGUGUGUACCUAGAGCGGAGGUCGGUUAUUCCAAUGGCAUUCCGAACUUUCCUAUGAUGAACAUUUCCAGUUCCGAUUACCGUGUUUAUAUUUUUAACUGAACACUGUGAUAACGGGUUUUGUGAUCGCAAAUUGACUUUGCAAAACUCUUUAUUGGUAGAAAAGUAGACAUCAAUUAUGUAACUCUGGCGAGCUUAAUCUGGCACCAAAAUAGUCGAAGUACAAUUCUGUUGUAAAGUUGUACAGAAAGUUAUAGAGAUUCUAUUGUGACACUGGGGCAUGGAAGGAAAACAAUCCAAUGUAUGGCAUUCCAGUUAGGGACACUGCUAUGAGGUAGUUGAACAGGCACACUGUAGACAUUUGUAACCGAGUCUGAGGCACCGCUUUCAGUCAAAAGCUCACUUUGUCAAUCCUGUCUUUCUGGGGAUGGGGUUUGUUUUGGGGAGGAGGGUAAUGGGGGAGUUAGCAGCUUGAUUUCCAAACUCUUUACACUGGCAGAUAACUGGGAUUUGACUUCUAAAAGUGCUUUCAUGCUCAUCCGACAUGCAUGACUAAGCCCCUUCCCACAGCAAUAACUUACCUAGUUACUACACCUUAGAUAUUCUUCAGUAGUGAGAAUUCUUGGUUCGCUGCCAUGGACUUGCAAUAGGAAAAGAUUCAAUUUUUUGAAUGGCCUUAUUAGUUUGGAUGAUACCAUGAAGUGAUCUGCCACUUUAGCAUUACUUUACUCUUAGAUGAGUCAAAAUCUCCAUGGUAUUCCCAUUUUGAAUUUAUCCUGAAAACCUCUUAGGUAAUCCACUGAGCCAUCUUUUAAGUUCACUUUAUAGAAAUUUUUCUCCCAUUGGACUCUGUUCAUCCUUGACCCUCUCCACCUGUUUAAACUCCAUUAAAGCAAUUCUGGACUCCCACAUACGCGUCAUCCUUUCUUUGGUUAUGGGUGAUGUCAGGAUGGUGGCUGAGGCCUGAGCCUCACCGAGGACAGGUUUCUUCCUUGGAUGUUUGAGAGCUGCCAGUGCUGUUGCAUCCUUCAGCUCUCGUCUGCCACUUUUUGAUUCUACCAGGAUCUGGCUCAAAUAUUCAGGAUUUCCCAUCUCGUACUGGAAUGCAGACCUACACAUCUGUAACACUUGUACCUUGUAAUAUUUGAGCUCCAAACGUCCUCACCUGGCCAUGUUUCAAACAUGUCCCAUUAAAUAAAACCUAAUAAGAGUUGCGUGAAUAAUGCAGUGGAAAAGAUUAGGAAUAGUCACCUAUCAGUCCCUCGGUAUCAUCCCCUGCCUUCACAUUCCACUUAGGUAUAGCAUCCAUCUGUUUGUCCAUCUGUCUGCUGAAGAGAAUUUCAUGCACUGAUUUUAAAACUCCCCUCUACUAGCUGAACAAAUUGUGCAGUUAAUACUUGGCGCUUGAUAAAUGCAGUAGUGAAUGUGGAACCGAGCCUGUCUGUAUAUCUGGUAGCUCUUUUCGCUUUGUUUUUACUGACCAGUAUUCUGCCUAAAGUUUGCUUCUGUGACGGUUAUAUUGCCUAGCACACACGUGGUUGUGAGAAUAGUAUAGCAAAAAAAGAAAUACCUGGUUAUUGAUGUACUAGAUUCGUGUAUGUCUUUUAAACAGUUCUAGUUUCACCUUACACAAAAUAAUCAGGAAAGUGUAAAAGAAUUCAAAAGUGGAUAAUAAAAAAAAAUUUUAUCAGU